GCUUCUUCCGCUAUACGCCACGGACAGAGAAGUCAGCCUGUUGUGUGUUUUUAUUCGUAAACGUUAAAUAUCAAACGGUAAUUCUGAUUCAUAAAUAUUUAAUCAGGGUUGAAAUGAGCGUCAUAGGAUUAAUAUCUAGCAAAGCUCCUGUUGAUAAAACUACCCGUUAACGCGAACCAGCUGUAGCUUCAUAGCUAGUAUGUGCUUUUAGCAACGCGGGUGUAUCUACAUACACUAGCGUAGCCUUUGAUCUUGCCCUUCCAUUAAAUUACACAUAAAUCAUUGGACGUAGGGGGAGUUUUGUCUGAACAUUAAUACGCGUCGCUUGCAUCGCAUCGGUUUUGAAAGCAUAAGGACCUUUCAAAUCGGUGAUUAUAUAUAUUUUUAAACAUGGAUAAAUUGAUGCUCAUUGAUUUGGGUUCCUACGCGGUCAUAUUUCCAUUUUACUGAGCUUGUUCACAGAAAACAUACGGAAGAGUGGACUACCUGUACUAAUUCGCUAUCUGCGUCUCUGAACACCUGUGUGUAAACGGAAGACAGACGCAACAAACGUGUUGUCACAGAAAAGUAUUGUCUGCUGCACCAGUGUUAAACCAGUGCAGCACAGGAGGUGUCAUCAUGUCCAGGGUGCCAAUGGGCAAGGUGCUGCUGCCAAAUGUUAUUCGUCACACAGAUGCCCACAACAAGAUCCAGGAGGAGUCGGAGAUGUGGAAGUUGAGGGGGAUGGAGAAGGGGCCAUUCACCAGCCACAGAUCGAUGCCACAAGCCUUAAAUCCAUCCAGGAGUCACAUGCACUGUGAUCGUGUGGAGGAUGGGUCUGUAGACAGACUGGGAGACUGGCUGCGGGAAAGAGAACACGAUUCCAGCCAGGACAAGAGGGAGGCACGCUACUGGACCAAGAAACUCGACUUUGAGGCCAAUGAUUCAGACAGAUGGGGACACAGAGGUUUUAAGGAGCUAUACCCCGAGGAGUUUAAAAGUGACUGGGAUAGAGACCGUGGUGAUGAUCAGAAUGGGCAUUGGAGAAAGAAAACGUCCAGACUUAAAACAGCCAAAUCAAAACAUCUGAAGAAGUCCUCCAAGAAGAAGAAAGAGGAAAAGCGAAGGAUAGGUGAGUCAGACGGUGAGUCCAGCAGCGACAAGAGCGACAGUGUCAAACAGGAACAGAAGAGGAAAAGCGAAGGAUAGGUGAGUCAGACGGUGAGUCCAGCAGCGACAAGAGCGACAGUGUCAAACAGGAACAGAAGAGGAAAAGCAGCAAGAGCAAACAUAAGAGAAAAAAGAGGGAGAGAGAGGAGGAGAGCAGCUCAGAGGAGGAUGAGGAAAUGAUAGAUGGACUCCCACAGAGACUCAGGACCAGAGUCACACAAGAAGAGGAGGAAACACUGGAAAGCAGGAGAGGACAAAUCGGAGGACAGUUCUGAGGAUUGAACCUUUUUCCAUUGGCAGCCAGUAACCUGUACCCUCAUACUGCGCCCUUUCAGUUGCUGAAAGUGAGUGGGCAAAGCUUUCACAGUUACACCCCACUUCCACUUUAGUGUCCAAUGUUUCCCACUAGAUUUGUUGAGAACACGGCAUCACCAUAGCUAAUUGCUGGACAUGUUUGUGAUUUAUCCAAUAACAAGACAACUGAGGAAUUGGCUAAAGUAGAAAUAGAACUUUUGAACAGACCUACUGGCAGGGGAAAGCAUAUCGUUCUUCCCUUAACAACGUUCCUCUGCAAUACUCUUCUGUGCUGUACUUCUCUUUCUGUGUACAGCUGAGCACAAACCUGUGUUCUCCCCUAAGGGCAUUCAGCAGUACCUCACCUUCUGUUACUGGUGCUGCUCAAGCUGCAGUGCUCAGACAGUGAGCUGACACUGCACAAAUAUGGACUAAACGAAAGCCACCUAAUUCCACCUCAUGACAAGUUGUUUGACUGCUGAGCCUCAUAGUGUCCUGGCUUGACUUUAGCUGUUAUACUAUGGAAAAUUAUGAAAUUUUCAGGAUAUCAGGAUAUCUACAUGACUAUCAUUCACAAGUCUUCUCAGUAGGCCUAUAGCCUUUCUAUUUCAUGAGCUUGAGCAUGAAUUUGACUCUUCAUGCAUCAAAUUCUAUGAAAUAAUAUGCCCCUUGGGUUGAACAUGUCCAGAACUGGGUACCAUUUACCAUAUAACAUUGUAUAAAUGGUGUACGGUUUCCCUCUAGUGUUAAGUUUCUACAGUACUCACUGUAGAUGUAAUGUGCAAGAAAAUGGAAUAGGUCAGCACUGAAUGAGAAUUUCUACAUAAUUUCUACAUCACUAUAUAAACUCCUUUUAAGAGACCUGCUGAAAAAGGUGCUGUCGUCUAAAACAGGUUUGAGCGGCAUAGUUUUAUUCUUACGUAGAGAGCAGGCCACUGCUAUAUGGUAUCUUUUCAAGUUCAUGCCUUUCUCCUUAAUGAUCACGCUGUACAAGGUUAAUUUAUUAUUUAGUGGAAGGGCUAGGAGGCCUACAGGGUCUAAUAUCCUGUUAUCUAUGGUGCGUUGUCUCCACCUUGUGGCUCAAUCAGUGUAGUAGACCCUGAGGAUUGAUUGACUCAUGGCCUCUUUUGACUUCAUCAGAAUAAAUAGUUUAUUUGUGACAAAUAAAGGAGUAUUGUUUCUGA